AGUGAAUUCAAAGCAUGUUUCUAUUGUAUGCAUGAUGAAGUGAACACUUGUGAUGGGGUGACCACAUAUGUUGUUACUUAUGAGUUGGGAAAGAUGGUUGAUUCACAAUUUGUACGAUGUGGACCAUCAGCUGAUGAAUUUGCUUGUACAUGUGGGAAGUUUGAGACUGCUGGUAUAUUAUGUAAACACAUUUUAUACAUUAUGAAGCAAUGUCAUCGAAUGAAGGAGAUUCCUAAACACUACAUUUUGGUUAGACAGACCCUAACUUAUAGGCAACGUAGUAAAAAGACUGCAUGUGGAUCAAGUAGUGUAUCAAAAGAUUCAGUGGUUUCUCCUUUGGAAUCUUGGAAUCUUCGAAAAUCAUUUAUGGAAGUGCAUGAACGAGCAAUAGGACAUCGUGAUCAUUACAAUGCUAUUGCACCAUUAUUAGAGGAUAUGAUGAAGCAGUUAGAUAGAGUUGAUAAGCAACAUGAAGGUUUGGUUCUUGAACAAAAUGUCAGCACUCCAGCAAUCUCCCAAGGUGCAAUUUCGAGUAAUAUAACAAUUCGUGAUCCGGAAAGAGCUAAAACCAAAGGCCGACCAAGAGAACUUGGUAGGAUUCCAUCUGGAAAACAAGUGUCACAAAAAGCAUCUCAAUCAAGGACGCGAACUUGUAGCAUGUGUGGUAUCAAAGGUCACGAUGCUAGGACUUGUGGGAAGACAAAAGAGAAAGUGGCAGCUAAUGACAGUUUAAGCCAACCACUAGAUGAAGAGGAGUGACUUUGAUGACAUAAAGCUAUAGAAUAAUAGGAGGGAUUUAUUGCAUGUCAAUUCCAGCUGAACACAUAUUCCUUCAAUUUGAUCAAGCUUUUCAAUAGCAGGGCACAUAUGGGUUGCAAAUCUAUAAAAAACACUCUUUGUUUUUAUCAUGUUUUUUUUGUCCGGAUGAUCAAGUUAUGUUAUCAAGUGAACUGAACUUUUUUGUGCUUUUGCAUUAUUGUAUUGAUCAAAGAUAAGUCAAGCCAAUGGGCUUCUUUUGUUUAUUAAAUUAGUGUUGGUUUU